AGCCCAGCCCUUUCCUAACCCAACCCAACCCUCUCCAGUCCCAGCCGCCAAGGCCCGUCCCUGCCGCGGACCCCGGCUUUACCAUGAAUCCUGCCGUCUUCCUAUCCUUACCCGACCUCAGAUGCUCCCUCCUGCUCCUGGUAACUUGGGUUUUUACUCCUGUAACACCUGAAAUAACAAGUCUUGAUACAGAGAAUAUAGAUGACAUUUUAAACAAUGCUGAUGUUGCUUUAGUAAAUUUUUAUGCUGAUUGGUGUCGUUUUAGCCAGAUGUUGCACCCAAUAUUUGAAGAAGCCUCCAAUGUCAUUAAGGAAGAAUAUCCAAAUGAAAAUCAAGUAGUGUUUGCCAGAGUUGAUUGCGAUCAGCACUCUGAUAUAGCCCAGAGAUAUAGGAUAAGCAAAUACCCAACCCUCAAAUUGUUUCGUAAUGGGAUGAUGAUGAAGAGAGAAUACAGGGGUCAGCGAUCAGUGAAAGCACUUGCAGAUUACAUCAGGCAACAAAAAAGUGACCCCAUUCAAGAACUUCAUGACUUAGCAGAAAUCACUACUCUUGAUCGCAGCAAAAGAAAUAUCAUUGGAUACUUUGAGCAGAAGGAUUCAGAAAACUACAGAGUUUUUGAAAGAGUAGCAAAAAUUUUGCAUGAUGAUUGUACCUUCCUUUCUGCAUUUGGGGCUGUCUCAAAACCAGAAAGAUACAGUGGAGACAACAUAGUCUACAAACCACCAGGGCAUUCUGCUCCAGAUAUGGUGUACUUGGGAUAUAUGACAAAUUUUGAUGGGACUUUCAAUUGGAUUCAAGAUAAAUGUGUUCCACUUGUUCGAGAAAUAACAUUUGAAAAUGGAGAGGAAUUGACAGAAGAAGGACUGCCUUUUCUCAUACUCUUCCACAUGAAAGAAGAUACAGAAAGUUUAGAAAUAUUCCAGAAUGAAGUAGCCCGACAGUUAAUAAGUGAAAAAGGUACGAUAAACUUUUUACAUGCUGACUGUGACAAAUUUAGACAUCCUCUUCUGCACAUACAGAAAACUCCAGCAGAUUGCCCUGUAAUAGCUAUCGACAGCUUUAGGCAUAUGUAUGUGUUUGGAGACUUCAGAGAUGUAUUAAUCCCUGGAAAACUCAAGCAGUUCGUUUUUGACUUACAUUCUGGAAAACUGCACAGAGAAUUCCAUCAUGGUCCUGACCCAACUGAUACAGCCCCAGGACAGGAAGUCCAAGAUGUAGCAAGCAGCCCACCUGAGAGCUCCUUCCAGAAACUAGCACCCAGUGAAUAUAGGUAUACUUUAUUGAGGGAUCGAGAUGAGCUUUAAAAACUUGAGAAACAAUUUGCAAGCCUUUCAAACAGCAGCAUCAACUUACAUGGUGGA